AAGAAGUAGAAAAUGUAAAUACUAAAGAUGAUAAUUCGAGUAAGGAAAUUAAAGAUGAGAAAGAAGAAUUUCAACUUAAUUGGAUGCAUCUGACAGAAAUAAAUUCAAACAUAAUCAUUAAUUACUUCUCUGAAUUGGGAUCUUAUAAUAUAGACCUUAACUUUGAUUGGAUUAAUGAUGCAAAACAAUACUACUCAAGUACUAAUAUUAUAGAUGUUGACACCUUUUUAAGAUGUACUUCUAGUAGUUUUCGGGUAGAAAGAAACUCUAAUAUAGCUAUAAAUACUGUGAAUUAUGAAAUGUUAAAUAAAAACCAAAAAAAGCAAGAACAGAAAAAUCAUAUCUUAUUAGAGCAAUUCAAAAGCAGCUUCAUAAAAUGGUCAGAAUUAAAUCUGAACCACCCAUACUUAGAAGGUUGGAUCUUUAAAUUGUCUAUUGCCAAAAUCUUUGCUAUGCAUAUUGGUGAUUAUAAUUCCAAAAUAGCAGACUCUGAUGUUGUAAAAAGUCUUGAAGCUCAACUUUUAUUAGCCAAAGGAGUGUACAAUGGACUAUUAUCUUUUCUUGUUGCUGUCUUUAUUGCUUUUGAUAAUUACAAAAAGCCUACUAUUACAACUUUAGAUAGUGUCAAAGUUAUGCCAAUCAUACCUAUACAAUGUAUUUGA